GGCCGCGCCUGCGCACUGGCCACCUCCCCUAGCGGCGAUCCAGGCCGCUGCCGCUCGCGCCUGGGCAGGACGCGGGGCGGGCGGGGGGAGGGGGGAGCGGCUUCGCUUCCAGCCCUGAGUAAGGCGGAGACCCGGGCUGGCGGGCGGAGCAGGAGGCACCGCACCUCGGCCCGAGGCUGCUGCAGCAGCUGCUGCCCUCGUCCCCGCCGCCGCCUCUCCGGUCUCUUCUGUGAUUACCCCUCCAGCUGUUGGGAACGGGCGAGAAAGAGGAGGAGGCGAGAAACUCCCACCGACCCACAGAGGGAGCAUGACUUCGGCAACUUCACCUAUCAUUUUAAAAUGGGAUCCCAAAAGUUUGGAAAUCCGGACACUAACAGUGGAGAGGCUUUUGGAGCCACUUGUUACACAGGUGACGACCCUUGUCAACACAAGCAACAAAGGCCCAUCUGGUAAAAAGAAAGGGAGGUCAAAGAAAGCCCAUGUACUGGCUGCAUCCGUAGAGCAAGCCACUCAAAACUUCCUGGAUAAGGGUGAACAGAUCGCUAAGGAGAGUCAAGAUCUCAAAGAAGAACUGGUCGCUGCGGUAGAGGAUGUACGCAAACAAGGUGAGACAAUGCGCAUCGCCUCUUCAGAGUUUGCUGAUGACCCGUGCUCAUCGGUGAAGCGUGGCACCAUGGUGCGGGCGGCGAGGGCUUUGCUUUCAGCUGUAACACGCUUACUCAUCCUGGCAGACAUGGCGGAUGUCAUGAGACUUUUAUCUCAUCUGAAAAUUGUGGAAGAGGCCUUGGAAGCUGUGAAAAAUGCCACAAAUGAGCAAGAUCUUGCAAAUCGCUUUAAAGAGUUUGGGAAAGAAAUGGUGAAACUUAACUACGUAGCAGCAAGAAGACAACAGGAAUUGAAGGACCCUCACUGUCGGGAUGAGAUGGCAGCUGCCCGAGGGGCUCUGAAGAAGAACGCCACAAUGCUGUACACGGCCUCCCAAGCGUUUCUCCGCCACCCGGAUGUUGCUGCCACAAGAGCCAACCGAGACUAUGUGUUUAAACAAGUCCAGGAGGCCAUUGCUGGCAUCUCCAAUGCUGCUCAAGCUACCUCGCCCACCGAUGAAGCCAAAGGCCACACAGGCAUUGGCGAGCUGGCAGCAGCUCUGAAUGAGUUUGAUGUAAGUAUCUCAGUGAUGCACACAGAGGGGUAUACACUUCCACUGAGAGAAGUGAUUGGGGCACGAAGAGCCGCAUAG